CUGGAGGCAGAGUCUGGGGAACAGGUGGCAGGCGCCAUGUCCGGCCGGGAAGGUGGUGAAAAGAAGCCCCUGAAGAACCCCAAGAAGCAGGCCAAGGAGAUGGAUGAGAAGGAUAAGGCUUUCAAGCAGAAACCGAAAGAGGACCAGAAUAAACUCCAGGAGUUGAAAGCAAAGGUCAUGGGGAAGGGCCCCCUGGCCACAGGUGGAAUUAAGAAAUCUGGCAAAAAGCUGCUCCUUGCAUUUGAAGUGAUGCUGCCCUUGACCCUACAUGUGUCUGGACAUCCGACAUCCUGGCUGGAGCAUCUUUAG